AUGGACGACUCGAUCAUCUUGGACCACGUCCUUUUGCAGCUCAACACGACUAAGAGCAGAUGCGACGUGGUCGUAUCUUGUAACGGAGAAGCCACUAUCGUGUCCACCGGGCUAAUCCGUCCCUUCGCGUCGCACAUCAAGGCCGUAGACGACCAAUUCAAGAGCGGCGCGCACCUAAUUAAGCUCGACCCGCGCGAAUGUCGCGAUUUUCUAGACCGGCAGCGGCUAAGAAACCCGCUAGCAGCAGCAGCAGCAGCGGAGGAUCAAGCUGAGGAAGACACUCUUCUAGGAUGGUUCACAUUAAAAAUCGUUGAAAGGAUCGUAACAUUCGUGAAGUCGCCCGGGCUGCUGGAGCACGCGGUGACGAUCGAGGCGGAGCUUCAGAAUCUCGACGACACCAUCCAUGGCGGCGCCGCUGCCUCUGAGCCUUUCCAGGCGGAGCAGCAACUGGACGACAGCGACGGCAGAGCGGAGGAGGGCCUGAGAGGGGCGACGCCGCUGAGGGACCGGCUCUCGGGCCGACGAGCGUCGUCUCGCUCGCCGUCUCCCGCCCGAAGCCUCAACGGAUUCAAGACAGAUGCGUCCAGCGAUAGCAGCGAGCGAGAGAGUCGCCUGCGCCAAGCCAAGGACGUGCGCGCGGCCAUGCUCAAGCGCGAGCAAGGCGUGGCGAUCGCGCGCGCAGCGGCGGCGGGAUUUUCCCCGGACGUGCUGCCGCUGCUGCUCUGCUUCGCGGAUUGCUUCGGAGCCGUCCGAUUGAAGCACGCGUGCGUGAAGUUCUCUUCUCUCGUCCGCCGCCAAGACUACGCCUACGCGGAAAGCCUCACGCGCGCGCAACUCGCGCAGUCCGCCGCGCAUUCAGGCGGCGCCGCAAGCGCCGGCGCGGGCAGGGGCGCGGGAGCUUCGCCACCGGUGCAGCCGCCGCAGCAGCAGCAGCAGGCGUUCGGGCUGGCGGCAGGGCGAGGCGGCGGAAUCUGGUUACCCGACGGCCACGUCGCCGGUAACACGGUUACAGGGACCCCUGGGGGCUAUUACCCCUUCGUUCCGCUGUAUAACGGGGGGCUUCAGAGGAGAGGCGCGAAGGGGGAAGCGGGGGUCGGCGGAACAGGCGUGGGGAGGGAGGCGGCAGGCAGGUUAGACUUAGUCGCUUCUGCGGUGGGGAUGAAAUCGGACGGCGGAGCGCUGAUCAGGAGCGGGAGUGGCUACGGGAAUGCGUCGCAUAUCUCACCUAUCAUCCGCUCCCAGUCCGCGUAUCAUGUGCGAGCGGGGAGCGGGGGAAGGGGCGCGGGGACAGGCGGAGGAACAGGGGGGGGAGCAGGGGGAGCAGGCGGCACAGGCAGCAUAGGGGGGCCUGUUGAUAUCUUGAUGGUAACCGCCUCUACUCCCAAGAAGGGUUCUCCGUGGGCGGGCGCGGAUGAGGGUCGGGAUUAUCUGGGGGAGGUGGAGCUCAGGGGAGGUACGACCGCCCUGAAUGACCGUAGAUUGGUGCCUGGGGAACUCGAGAUGGAGAUCAUGGCAGGGUGGGCGGGGGCGGAAGACGAGGGGGAGGAAGACGUGAUGAAGGGGGAAGCGUUCCGCAACUCUCUGGAGGCUGGCGCGGGGACGGGCGGAAGGGGAGGCGGAGGGGCAGCUGCGGGGAGAGGUGCGGGGAGAGGAGGUGGGGGAGUGGCGGAAGCAAGGAGGGCAGCGGGGGGGAGAGGUAGCGGAGGAGGAGGAGAAGCGGCGGCAGGAGGAGGCAAGGCAGCAACGGCUCCUCUCUCGUGCGCGCCUUCUCCUCUGCCUCCCUCUCUCACGCACUUACCCCCGAUAUGUCUUACCCUCCGCUCCCCGCCUAGUUCUGCUGCUGCUGCUGGUUCUCGCAUGUUCUCCUCUUCCUCCUCUCUUACUGCUCCCACUGCUGCUUCUGCAGCCAAAGCAGCAGCUGCCAGUGCAGCCCCCUCUGCUUCCACCUCUGCUGCAGCCGCCUCUGCUGCAAUGGUUUCUCGUGCCCGUGCCCGCGCACCAAGCCCUGAUCUCUACCGCACAGGCAAGCUCGGGCAGCAAAACGGGCAGCAGCGAAUCUCCGUAUCCCAGAACGUUCCUGGAAACCGCUUGCAGGGAGCAGCUGCUGCAGGCAUAAGGGGCGGGUUGGCUAUGAGGAGGACAGGCAGCGGGGGAGGGGGAUCUGGGGGAGGUGCUUCUGGGGAAGGUGGAAGUGGGAGGGACAUUGCUGGGCUGGUGAGAGGAGGAAGGGUGGUUCGGUCCCAGAGCGCCCAUGUGGUUGUGAGGGAUGGUGCAGAGGAAACGAAGCAAGAGCAGGGAUCCAACACGGGGCGAGGAGCAUCUGCUUCUCGGGGCCGCGUUGCUGCUGGGAGUGCAGGAGGGAAGGAACCAGUAGGAGCAGCAGGGAAAGCAGCAGGGAAAGCAGCAGGAGCAAGAGCAGGAGGAUCAGGGGAAAGAGCAGGGAAGAUUGUGGAGAAUGACUAUCCGGUUCUGAUGAGGAACAAGUCUCCCGUUCGAGGUAGGGAAGCUGGUGUAGGGAGUGGGAAGGGGGUCGAUGGGCCGAGUCAGGAGUCCUUGCUUGUGACUUCUCUUGAGUGCUGGAAGUUCAGUGAGUAUGGACAGGCGGCCGCAGGAGCAGCAGUGGGGAAGGCGGAAAGAGGAGAAGUGGUAACAAAGGGAGAAGUGGAUUUGGAUGCUGAUUUCAGCUGGAUGCAGGGUGGGAGCAGCAGACAUGAUGGGGGAUUGGGUGUGCAGCAGCAGCAGUGGCAGCAGCAGCAGCAACAGGAGAAGGAGCAGCAGCAGCAGCAGCUGAUGAAGCAGCAGCAGGAGAAGGAGCAGCAGCAGCAGCUGAUGAAGCACCAGCAGGAGCAGGAGAAUGAGCAGGCGUCCAGUGACAAGUGCAUGGGUCAGAGGAGGAGUAGAAAUUGGAUGACGGAUGUCAAGUCUACCGAGCAUGAUUAUGUAGCUGCGAUGAAUGCUGCCAAUUCCAUGAAGGCUGGAGCGGAGGAGCUUGUAUUGCUGCCAGCUGGGAACACCCUUGGGUCUGUGACUCAGUCUGGAGGCAAGGGUGGGAGGAAAGGAGCAGAGAAGGCAGAGACAGGAGGAGAGCAGAGCCAGGAGGAGUACUGGAAGGGGGAGAGGAGCCGAGUUGGGAAGGAGAAUAAGUUGAUGCAGCAUUCUCCACUGACCCAUUCGAGUUCGGCGUCAGGAGUUCCUGGCUAUGCGUCAGGAGGUGCGGAGCUGGAGUUGGAUUUCAGGUCAGAGUUGGGAUUGGAGGGGCCGUUUGGAAUUUUGGAGGAGGUGCCUGUGGAGACGAGGAGGGAGGCUACUGACGAGCAGGUGAAAUUGAAGGAUACAAGGAAGAAGCAGGAGAAGGAGUAUAUUGAGAUGUUGAGAGCCAGGGAUGCAGCACGGAAGGCGGCAGCUGUGGAGGAUUCGCCUGUUGAAAAGAAAAGAGGGUCAAGCCUGAUGAAGAUGUUCGGAUUCGGAUUUUGA